GGUCAUUCCUAUAGCGUAGCCUUUAUGUGCUGUGGUCAUUCCUAAAGCGUAGCCUUUAUGUGCUGUGGUCAUUCCUAAAGCGUAGCCUUUAUGUGCUGUGGUCAUUCCUAAAGCGUAGCCUUUAUGUGCUGUGGUCAUUCCUAUAGCGUAGCAAGCACAUGCAUUGCAGGCUGUAGGAGUCAUUCAAAUUAAAUCAUACAUUAAAACACAUACUGUACAUGGUCACAAGUUUUCAUACUACACAUUUACAACCUGAAAAGACGUAAGCAUCACUUUCAAGUAGCUUGCUUGCAGAAAUCUUACGAGAAAUUCUGUUCCAUUGAACUUUUUCUGACUGUCUCUAUCUUCCACACUGUCAACAUAAUUGAGGGUCAGAGACAAAGAGGCAGAAACACACACAGUCAUUGUCUCACAGACACAUUCAUAAAUGCAACUCUUGUGUUUGAUUGGAGAGAAAAAAUGCUGUGGAUAUAAUAAAUAGUAACUAUUCCAAAGUAUUUUAUAACAACCUAAAUGAUGCGUGCGAUUGCCUUGUCUGUCCGGGCAGCUGUGAAGCUAUGAGCAAUCUUUUGUAGCUGCUUAAAUUGAUGGAGGAUUUGUCUGAGUUUGUUUGUUUCCUGUCUCUCUGCGUUUUGAAUGUCAUUUGCACUCUUCACCCCAAGCCUCUCUGUCUCUGUUGCUGGCUCAGUACUAAUGUAAUGGUCCUAGGAAAAUCCUUAGAGCUAAACAGUGUAUUUUAGGUCCUUGUUCUCGGAGCAGUAGUGUGUGUGUGUGUGUGUGUGUGUGUGUGUGUGUGUGUGUGUGUGUGUGUGUGUGUGUGUGUGUGUGUGUGUGUGUGUGUGUGUGUGUGUGUGUGUGUGUGUGUGUGUGUGUGUGUGUGAGAGAGAGAGCAUCACUUAGACAUGGGAGUCAAUUGAUUAUCUGUGACUUCCUUCUGAAGUCUUCAGCAUUGUGUGUAUGGGUUGCUUGUUUACAGUCUAUGUGGCAGUGGAACACUGCCUGGCAUUGUGGAUAGUACAUGUACACAGGCCUUGUAUUCGGGGUGCAGCAGGACAGAUAAUGUAGUUCAGCCUGGAGGACUAGAGGAAGGGUGAGGGUCUACUCUUAUCACUGUUUAAAAAAACCUGCGCUGAAUAGAACACUGUUGACACAGAGUCCAUGGACAGCUUAGGUAAACACUGAUAAACACAGCUGUAUGACUACAGGUGUGUGUGUGUCAUCUGUAACUCCCCUGCUCCUUUAAGCAGUCCCUAGGCUCUCCCUGAAUCACCUGGACACACCCAUCCUCGGAAGGUUUGGGGGGAGGGGGGGUAGGGUGGCAUGGAGCCAGGGUGCAGAGCUUGGCACAGGGAAAUACCAACAGCCCUGCCUGCCUCUCUCCCCUCCAAGACUGAAAGAAAGGGGAGGAGGAGGGUAGAGUUUCACUAUGAGAACGCAGUUUGUUCCAACCCCUUUGUCUCUCCUGGCCUGCACCAUUCUCAACCUGCCUUAGUUGGUAGUUAGACAUUACCUCAGGUUGGGGUUCUCUUCAUAUACAAACAAGCCUUUCUCCUUGUAGCUGGAACAGUUAGGUGUCAAGCCAGCUUUCACAUUAUGUUUUAUGACUUCCUAACUACUGGGGUGGCAGCAGCAGCUCAUAACUAUUUCAUUUACUGCAACAACCUCUCUGAACUGAAGGUCAGAAUCUGACAAUCCUAGAGGUUAAAUAGCUGGCUUCAGAACUAUUUUAUCACACCAUGUCAAUAUUAUCACUCUCAUCAUGCAGUCUUACAGUCGCAUUACCAGAUGCUGAUAAUAUAAAAUACGUAAAAACAGAAUGUAAUUAUUAAUAAUAAUAAAAAAGGUUGAAAGAUAACAAAAGAAAGACCUGACAUUUUAUCGUUUCGUUGAGAGAGAGCGCACAAGAAGGGGGGAGAGAGUGAAAAUCAAUAUUCUGACUGAGUGGAAUAAAAACGUCCGUAUUCAUCCCAUCAUGUAAGGCUGGAAUCUAAAUAUCGGCUAAUUUGUUGGUGGGCCCGGGGUCUCGGUGCUUGAGCAGAUCAGUUGUGUAAUAGUAACCGCUUCGGGCGGUUGGAGGUAAUCGUGUUGAUCCGCAUGUGAGCCAGAGAGAGAGAGAGAGGGAAGGGAGGGAGAGAGAGAUGGAGCAAUUUUAAAGGGGCGUGAGUUCCCGUGCUUGCUCCUGCUGGUUUGGUUUAUCGUAGAGAGAACUGACUGAGGUAGUCUAAGUCAAUAUCGACAGAAGACUGACUUUCUGUAUUUUAGCCUAUAUAGUUUGCGGCUCACCAGAGGUGGAAGCGCGAGACCGGAGGCUGUGGAUACGCAUCCGUGCCCGCUGCUAUAUGCCGGAGUCAUAAUCGGAUGCAUACGACGUCAUAUCUGAGGACAGGACAUAUGAGCGCAGAGCUCAGUAAGAGGAUGGUGUGACAGACGGACAAACAGACGGACCGUAUAAAUCACCACCCUCAACAGCCAGACCAUGGCCACUGCAUCCCUCCUCCUCCCCCUCACCUUCCUCCUCUCCUCUCUCCAUCCCUCUACCAGCCAGGUGAUUGUUAGCUCCUCCACCUCAUCCUCUUCUCUUCCAGACCCUGUCAUCAGUACACCCCUCAAACCCAGCUUUCCCUCCUCUCGUCCCAGAGGCCAGAGUGAUGUGCCAGUCAGAGUCAACAACAGAGAUUGGCCCACAGAGAGAGCAGGUGGGGGGCAGGUGGGUUCUGACCUGGGGCAGGUUGGGGAGGAAAUGGGCACUAGAACUACAGACCAAAGUCAACCCCUUUCCCCCUCUCAGAAACUCAACAGUGGAUCAACCCAAAACCAGUCUACUUCAGUUGAGGCUUGGACAGGUACUAUGGUAACCGCAGAGCCAACUGGAGUUUCAUCUGCAAAGGGACCAACGGCUCUCCCACCCACCAAAUCCUCAGGUGAUGAAGGAUUAACAUCAAGGGGCAGGACUUCUGAUGGACCAAUCAUACCGGAGGAUUUGGAUGACUGGCCGGCAACUGGAUCAGGAAGUGAACUUGUCCCUACAGUGAUUGUGAAGGGGGAGUCACUGGUUGCGUUGACUACACUAGAUGAGAUGCCACAGUUCCGGCCACAGGCUCAGACAGAGUUCAGCAGAGGUCUGGUGUCCAAGAUGGCCGAAGCUCAGACUACCCCGAUGGUCAGCCUCACUGUUCAACCCCGCCUCUCUGGGCUGACAAUAGCCAAUAGGAUCCUCUCCACACAGUCACCUGACAGAGUGACAGCCGUACCUGUGGUGAUACAGCCAACCUUCAUUGGAGGAGUAGUUACAGGUAAUAUAUCAGAUAAUACCACUACGCCAACAGACAGACCAAUAGCAGGACAGACCCCCACUGUGACAUCACCGUUACCCAGACCUAUCACCCCUGCAUCCACCAAUCAACAGCCAAAUUCUGUGACGCCUCAAGGAACCACAACACUAGGAGUGACCACCACAACUACAACCAAUAAGACGGCAACAAAAGCAGAACCCAGAAGUACUUCCUCAAAUACAACCAAUCAACCGAAAAAGGCAACUGAACCAGAAAGAACUACAACAAGUACCACCAAACAGUCGACCAAGACAGGGACGACCCCUCUCCUCAUCACUCCUACUCUACAGAUUGUCAGAGGGCGGUACUUCCCCAAAAAUGACAGCCGCCUAGCACAGAGGAACCACUCCAUCCCCGUGGGCCGCCCUCGCCUCCCCCCAUCCUCCACUCCCUCCCCCUCUCCCAGCUCCUUCCCCUCCCCCAACGGCACCUCUCUGCUGUGGGAUGACCUGAGCAGGACGCUGUCCUUCGCCUGGGAGCUCCAUGUCUACGGCUCUGCUGGCCUCUUCCUGCUCCUCCUGGCUGGAGCCGCCCUGGGCCUAGCCCUAUCCCCCAGCAUGCACUGCCCUCACCGCGGCGCCCUGACCCUGGCUAAUGCCCUCCUACUGCUGGUGGGCGCAGCAAGAGCAGCCCUGUUCAUGAUUGACCCCUACGGAACAAGGAAGAUUCUUCCCCGGCCUGCGGUAACUGCUCUCUAUAACCUCCCUCUGCCGUUACUGGUGUGGACGCAGGCUGCCCUGGCAUUGCUGGCCAUGAAGGGGACAGGAGUGAGCCUGUUGCCCUCUGCUCUGGAGCGCCCUCCUCUGGUAGCUGUAUUGGCUGUGUUACAGUGCACCCUGCUUCUGGCUGCUGACCUGCUCUCCCCAGCCCUGUCCCCAGCCGUGCCUGUCACCCUGCAGUCUCUUUCUCUCUGCUGGGGCCUGGCUCUCUGUCUGGGCUACCUGUGCUACAUCUUCCCCCGCCUCCGCCAUCCCACUGCCCAGCCACCUGUCCUAGAGGAGGGGAGGGCCGUUAAAGCCUGGCCGGGGCGUAGGAGGGCAGGGUUGGUGCUGGGUCGUGUGCUGGCAGUGUGUGCCCUCCUGGGGGUGCUGUGCUGUGGCCUCCAUGUCCAUACCACCCUGUGGCUAUAUGGGAUGUUGGGGGACUGGAGGCGCUUCUGCUGGGGCUGGUGGCUGGUGCACUUCUGGGCCCGACUGUUGGAGCUGGCCUGGGCCUUUUCUCUCCUCCUAUUGGGAUCCUGGGUGUUCUGGAGGCCCCCGGGGGCCCGAGACAGAGGAGAUGGAGGAGCAGGGGAGGGCAGGGCGGGAGUAGAUCUCCCCUCCCCUGGACAGUCCUCUGGGUCGACACACAAACACACCUGCUGGGCCAAGAUAGUCCAGAGCCUGACAGGAAAGCCCUGUGUGAAGUCAGAAAGUAACGGAGUGGGAGGAUCAGUAGGAGGAGGGGCAGGGGAGCUGCCUAAUAACUGGGCAGGGCAGGAACGCUCGGGGGCAGACAUCAGUAAGAGCCUGAUCAGAAACCGUGAGGCUCCACCCUCACAGCCGCGGUGUGUCAAGGACAGCAACCGAGGCCGCAACCAGAGGGGCAGGUCUGCAGAAAGGGGUAUGUCUGACGGGUCCACAGGGUCACUGCUGCGGCUGCAGCCGUUAGGUCGGCCACUACAGCACUCUCAGAGCGGCAGCCUGGAGCAGGAGAAAGAGUCAGGGGUGUCUCUGUAUGAUUUUGACCUGCGACCCCCCUCCCCCAUCGAUCUGGGCCGCAGCAUCGAUGAGGCCCUGCACCGUGAGCACCUCCUCCAUGGGGGCAGCUUGUUCCAGCCCCUGUGUGGCCCCUCACCCACUCCUUCACCAGGCUCAGCUGUCAGCCAGGGGGGGCCCUGGCUCCGCAGGAACAGCGACCCUCAGAUCUCUGACAGCAGCGAGGACCGCUCAGCCCGUACAGAGUUCUCUGUGCCACUGGGGGGUAGUGUGCUCAGCAGUGUUCCCAGCAGGCAAGUCACUGCUCCUCCCACGCCCUCUAACCAGGGGCAUCGCUGGGCCGGGGAUGGGGGGGUCAGUGUCCCUUCCUCAGUGUCCUGUCCCGUUUCCCUGCGCCCCUCUAGAACCUCCACGGGACAUCUCGGGAACGAGGGAGGAGACGACACGAGGCCGUUCCUCACCCCAGACUCUGAGACACAGAGUGGGAGGGAAGGCAGGGAGGAUGGGAAGAGCUACCUGGAGGUCAGCAGGCAGGAUGACUCUGCCAGCAUCAGCAGUGAGAUUAUUAACCUCUGAACCCUCAACUCCAACCCAGGACAUAUGGACCAAUGACCAAGCCCCAAACAAAACCAUCAAGAACCAAACUUACGUAAUACCUUAACUCUUAGGUGAUAACUUUAACUAUAUCUUGUCAACUAGAUAGACUUCAUCAUAAACAUUGACUCAACUACAUUCAAACUGCCAUGUGAAUCAUGGACAGAGGACUUAUUUUAAGAAACUGAGGGAAAAUACAGAAAAGCUUCCCCUGACUAAAAUAGUUGUCUUAUAUGGGACAUUAUCCAGUGUUUGCUCUAAAUCAGAGUGGUUCAAAGGCUGCUAACCGGGAUCAGAUUCUGCGGCAGAGAGCACGGGUUCAAACAACAGAACACACACACUCAUGCCUACAGAUACACACCUGUGUACCUUUGAUGCACUCGCUACAUUUCAAGCCUCACAUACUGCAGCGCAUACAUUUACUCUUUGUAACACUUCUGUUUAAGGUGGUCUUGAGAGAACAGAGGAAUGGGCACAGGAUUCAUAUUGAUAACAACCCAGGGAUUCCUUAAAAUAUCUAUUGGUCAUCCCUACAAUUCCCUCUGAGGAUCCAUUUCUUAGAUACCAUGUUUUAUGGAUGUAUGUAAAAUAUGAACGUGGUAGCUCCUACUUUUAUGAAAGCCAUGGUGCUCCCUGUGAAAAUGUCUUUAUAUGAAGUUAUUGACUUUGUUUGCGUUGAUGGUAUUAAUCUGCUGUCUUUGAUAUGUCAACUUGAUGCAUACAUCCGUUAAUGUGUUUUUAGGAUAUGUGCCAUAAACAUUGAUAAUGUCGGUGGUUGUUUUGAUGUUAUGCUUCAAAAUACAUUAAUAACGCAUUACCUGACUGACAAUGGUGUCUUUCCGUAGUUCCUCUAGCAGGAAAGUAGCGUAGAAGUCCACACUCCAAAAACAUAGGAUUGCUAGUUAUCGGCUCAUAAUUGAGUUGCUGUUUCAGUGCAGUCUGCCUUGUAUGUAAAUGUGUUGUUUAUUACAUAAUGAAAGCAACCGCCUAGAGAUACUACUGCAGAAAGAAAGUUGACCUGUGUAGCUGUGGCUGACGCCUGGAGCUCUAGCUAAAAUAGUUCCUGCUAACACUAGACAUUCUAAGACAUUUUUGUUUGAACGUGACGCUGGUACAUUUCGCCUGCUGAUUCUAGUACAUUCUAUCAUCACGGCCCGUCAAAGGAUAUGACUGCAUUUUAACAUUCAAUAAUCCUGGCAACAGUGUAAACAUAUCCACAACAUUUGAUCAUUUGCAGCAUAUCAGUGUAUACCGUGGACUUGAGUUAUUUUUAGCUGUACUCAUUGCAUCACACAGUUAAGCUGUGUUGCAUUACACAACGCUGACCUACUGUGAAGCACAACGCUCCUGUACUAUAGUAGUACUUUACAGAUGUCUAUAAGCCUAGACCUGAGCACUCUAGACUGAAGUAUUUUUAUUACAGAAAAAAAUCAUAAGUAUAUUAUGUGACAUAAGAAGGUAUGUAAAUGCAGUUCUUUUUUUCUGUUUGUAAAUAAAGGUAUUCACUGUGAGGACAAUCGCAAGUGGUCUUGCUGAAGUAUAGAACAGUUGUCUACUAAGAGAGUGAUAAAUGGCGCUGGCUUGGGGAGGAAUAUUGGAAACAGUGACUGUCCAGCCCUAAUUUAGGAUGUUCAGGGAUAGAAGUGUUGUAAAAGGUUUCACAACUGUACCUGGAACUGCUACAAUGGUUAGUGUUUAAUGUUUAGGUGUUAAAGAUCAGUCGCAAUGGCACGUCCUCAUUUGGAGCUGCAUCAUUUCAAAACUGUUCAAAACUGUUCAGUGAUCUUGAACGGAGCUCAGAAGUCAAUCCCAUAUUUCCACUUGAGACCCGGGUUGAGUAAAAUAGGCACAAAAUGAGAGAACAUGUUUUGAAACGGUGUGAAAUGGGGAGGUACUACCGGAAGCCGUCCAAUAAGAAACUCAUGCAUUUUUUUCUGUUUCAAAAUCCUUCCAAACGUGUCCUACUGAACACAACCCGGGUCCUUGUGUGACAGGAUCUCGUGUUUCCUGUUUCCUGCCUUCCUCAGGGUCAGUGCAGUCUCUCCCUGUGAUGUGAAAUGGUUUACUUGUGUGGUAUUUACAAUACAGUACAGUGGGAUUAUGUUGUUGUCUACAUUUCAUUGACCCCGUCUGAUUUCAGUGUACUUUGCUGUUUCUCUCGAGAUACUGUAGAAAUCAUCCUUAUAACCACAGGUCCAGGAUCAGAUUACCCUACCUCCAAUUCUAUCCUUAACCAUUAGGGUGGGUGAAGAAUAUUUGACCCUGCAUCAGUGAUCUGGGGCAACUUCUGCCUCCUUUAUUUCAUUAUGGGUUUGAGGAGAACCUUCAUCAGUGACUGACAGUUGUAGGGAUGUUUGUGGUGUUUCCUCCACCAAUGCAGUAUGUGCCAUACUACAGUAAACCAAUCCGUUCUCCUCUCCAUACAGUAGUGACAGUGCAGAGGUACAGUAGUAGAGAUAUUAAAACAUUAAUUUGCUCAUUGACUCGGUUUAUAUAUGAAGUUGUAUUAUUUUUGUGCUGCUGCCUCUUAUCUGGUUUCAAAUAAACAUGAGAAAUAAAAUAAACAUUGAAAUCA